AUGGUUUCAUGUGGAUGGCUAUCGACGGUUCGAGAAUGGUUGGUGGCUAUACUAUGUUCUAUUACCAGAAGGAAAACGAUUUCAAUAUCGGCAUUGCCUUCUACUACAGCUGAAACAUCAUCCGAAAUGCAUUUGGAAGAUUUACGAGAAAAGAUCUAUUGCGCUGGCGACUGCGAUCUACAUGAUAUUUUACGUCAACGAAGCAAACUAGACUGGCCAGAAUGGCAUUUGAAUAUUGAUGAAAAUGAUAAAGCUAUACAAAUAGCUAAAGGUUUUCACAAGGAUUUUGAAAAACUAAAACUAUCCUCCAGUAUUGCUGGUCAAGUACGUACAAUAGAAGAAACAUUUUUAAAUUUCUUACCUACUGACAGCAGUUGGAAUCAGAUUAGAAAAUAUUUCCAACAAGCUCGUCAACAGAAUAAUCUAUUAGCGAUUAUUAAAGCCUACACUUGCAGUAGUGAAUUUACUGGGCGUCUGAAUAAGCAUUCAGCUGCAAAUACUCAUCAUUUACUAAAGCUUUAUUGUACACUCCUGAAUUGUCCAGUUCUGGCCUACACUCAAGAGUACACAGAAGCCUUCACUAGCAUUCUGUUUCAUCCAAGUUUAGAUCAAUACCUUGUUCGAAAUGAAACAGUUUAUCGUGGUAUAUUUCUUCAGGAUGAGAAACCUAUAGCUAAUUACAGGGAAGGUGUUAUAAUAAUAACAACAACAUUUCUAUCCACAUCACGGAAUCGCGAUGUAGCUGAACUUUUUGGUGGUACUUCUCCUGGAGGAAUAUCAAUAUUUUCCACAUAUAAUAUCAAUAACAUUCGCCGUCACACAGCACUCGAUAUUGGACGAAUAUCGCAUUUUCCUGGAGAAAAUGAAGUAUUGAUUUUACGAUAUGCACCAUUUAAGAUAACAUCACUUAUACGAACCGAAGAUGGUCGAAGAAUAGACAUAUGUUUGGAUGAAUGUGCAGAACAGUCUACUGUCUAG